CUAUCAUGGUUAAUUCGCUUAAAAAAAUUGGGGAGAAUACAUUCGUCUCCGGUGACAUCUUCAGAGAGCAAAUAGUCAAACAACAGAGCGAUGCUGCAGGUACUCCGAGAGCAUCUCCUGGACUGAGUAGUACAUACCAAACAGAGGGUUCUACAAGUGAUUUGAUUGUCAGCUUUGCCUGUAAAAGUUGGCCUCGAGAUGCUGAUGAGUGGGUAACGCGUACACGUUUGUUUGGAUGGCCACCUCAAAAACUCAUCGACCGGAUAGUGCGCAAUGGUUUUCACCUUGUGCCAUUACGAGGGCGACACACAAAGGAUGAAGAACUACAGUGGAGGAUAUCCCUGGCAUCAGCUGAGAGAUCUUUAGUUCAUGCCUUCAGCCACAGCCAACUGAAGGUUUACUGCUUACUGAAGUAUUUCUUUACUCAGUUGGACAAGACACAGUUGCAAGAUGAAUUUACUGGCUAUGAUGGAAUCAUCAGCUUAUCUGUUCUGAAAAUGCUGAUGUUUUUCUCAGUGGAAAACUCUCACCCAAAGCUGUGGCAAGAACAGAACUUGUUCUACUGUUUUUGGUUUUGCUUCAACAUUCUAAUGACAUGGGUCAAGAGAGGAACCUGUCCAAAUUACUUCAUAUCGUCCGGUGAGUUAUUCCAGCAAGAAUUCCUGGGUAACGAUCAACAAAGAUUUCUCGAUAUUCUAACACAUUUCCACUCAAAGAAACUACAGUGCAUUUCACAUGAAAGAUUUUUGGGACCCAAAAUAUUGGAAAGUGUUUGUGAUGCAAAAGUUCAAGCUGAACUUUUGUGCCCAUACACUGAAAUGGAAAUGGAAUAUUACCAAGACAUGGGACUAUUUGUACAACUGGCAAUGCCAAGUCGGACGAGUGGAUUAAAUUUUACCCGGAAUCUGACAGGGGCACUGAGUUUACUGAUGAACUCAAAGACAGAAGUGGAUGAUGUGAUUACUUUUAGUCACGCGACUAGUUUACUAGCGCAUAUGACACAACAUGAUGCCAGUCCGUAUAUCAUGGCUGGAACCACUGGCAACAAGACUCGGUACGCGAGCUUGAGGAAAUGCAAAAAUCAUUUGACAUGUACAUCCUCAGUAAGUUCAUCCGAACUGUGCUACUUAGCAAAUUUUCACUUUUUGUCUGGAAACUACAAUAAAUCACUCGAGUUGUGUAGAACUGUAGUGUCUCAACCUUUAUAUCACAUGAAAAGUCAAAUGCUUCUUCCAACGGAACAAAAAGCAAGAUACAUCAAAGAAUACUGUGGAAAGGGAUACACUUUAUUUUACAAGCUGAAGAAAACCUUCACCAAAUCUCUAUCUUUUGAGAAAGACUGCUUGUAUCUUCCCCAGCUUCAUCCGGAGGUAUCGAAAAGCCCUGUUGGAGUAAGGAUCCCGACGCUACCCUACGCAGUGUUCUUGUCCUUCCUGUGUUGUCAUGAACUUGGUGACACUUUGGGACGUGACAACACACUACGUAACUUGAUAGUAGUGAAGUACGAUUACUUAGAGGGAGGACACACGAGUUGGAUGGUGCACACACUCCUGGGUAUCUGUUACGAAACUUUGGGGGAUCAUCACAGAGCCAUCAGGUGUUACACGGACUCAAAAAAGUCUAAGACCGAGCUCCAUGAAUUCAACCCAGCCUCUGAGAGAAUCGAGGCUUUAAAGAAAUCAGAAACAAGAUAAUAUUCCCUCAUCCUACCCCUGUUGAUUUUAAACUACUUUUUAACUUUGUGGUACAAUAAGAAGAGAUUCUCCAAGAACCAAUUUCCUGCAACGUUUAUAUAUGUUGUGGAUCAUCUACUAGGCUUCGGGAGGAUUCCUAGUGGAAUGCAGCCUAAUUAAUUAUAAGGGUCCUCUUAGAAAGAAGUUAAUAAAUGGAAAAGAAGAGGAGUAACUCCUUCAGUUCAGUUUUCAAACAGUAUGUUCUCAUUUCUUCUUCUAUAAACUGGUUGCCGACUUAUUUCACCUUAGACAGGCAUUAAUCGGGGCGCAGUUCACAUGGUGGACAUGUAGUUAGAAGUGACAAAGGAGGUCAUGACAUCUCAAGUCAGGAGUGGUACCUCUUCUUAUUCAUCGCCUUGUGCAGGAACGGGCUCUCUCAGAGGAUUUUGAACUCUCUGAUGAUGGUGUCUACCCAGGGAGUUCCCUACAAGAAAGAUGCUUCUCUCUGGAAGGGACUGUGCAACAGCAGAAUUUCCAUGUCAUUUGGAGAGACAAAGUGUGUUUGGCUUCCAUUGUACAUAAUGAAGACUAUUUUCAGGAGAAAAUUAUAGUGACUGUGUUGAAUUGAUAUCUUAAUUGAAAUUAUAUUGUGGCUUGUACAUUGCUUUAAAUACUUUAAAUAUUGUUGUACAUUCUGAUAUUAUGUCCAGUAAAAGUUGCUAUUUAGUUUGAUUUGUAGAUGCUGUAUCAUAGAUAUAAUAGUUGCUAUUAAUAUGUUCACUGAUAAUAUUAUAGUGCAAUUUAUUAAAUGUAUAACUGAAAUGUUUUAAUUUAUAAUACUUGACAUUGCACUAUGAUCUUGAUGUGAAUGUUUAUCAUAUUUAUAACAGUAAAAGAUGCUAUUUGAGUUUGUUACAGCAAGUUGGAGUUGAGGUUGAAAUGGUUUUGUGAAAAUAAAUUGAUGAUUGUCAAAAUGAG